AUGUCUGGCGAGUCCAAUUAUCAGUCAUGGACCAAAAACGGUCUCAUCCAAAAAGUCAAGGAACUUGAGGCAGAACUCGGUAAUCGACCUCCUCAAGUUAAAAAUGAGGAGGUAUACGAUCCUAAAAAGUCGACGAAACCAAAGGUGAAGAGAAAGAUGGACCCCAACAAGUACACGACACGAUAUAUUGCCUUGAAACUUGCAUAUCUAGGCAAGAACUAUGGCGGCUUUGAGUUCCAAGCCAUGGCCAAUGCUUCAUCCAUCGAAGAGGAGUUGUGGAAUGCUCUUACAAAAGCAUGCCUCAUCUUUCCAGAAGAUGAGCGGAUCGUUGACUUUGAUUGCUGCGAGUAUUCAAAGUGUGGUCGCACGGAUAAGGGUGUUAGUGCUUUUGGCCAGGUCAUUGGUCUUCGAGUGCGAAGUGCCAGACCCGUACCUAAAAAGCGAAGACGCCUGAGUGAAGCUGGCGAGGCAAUGGUUGUUGACGAACAAUCUGGAGAUAACGCCGAAGAAGAGGUGGAAGACAAUACGCCACCCUUUGAUCCUAUCAAGGACGAGCUCCAGUACCCUCGUCUGCUCAACCGUGUUUUACCGCCUGAUAUUCGCAUUCUUGCUUGGUGCCCCUCACCACCACCAGACUUCUCUGCUCGUUUCUCCUGCCGCGAGCGUCAAUACCGAUACUUCUUCACACAACCCGCCUUUACACCCGAGCCCAGCGCUGGUGGAUCAAGGAACGGCUGGCUUGAUAUUGAGGCGAUGCGCGAUGCAGCCAAGCGCUACGAGGGCGACCACGAUUUCCGCAACUUCUGCAAGAUCGAUCCCGGCAAGCAAAUCACGAACUUUGAGCGCACCAUCUACGAGGCUGAUAUUGAGGAGGUUCGGGAUGUAAGCUCAGCACUGCCUUAUCUUUCCAGCCCGCAGUUUGCUCCCGCCGAAGGGCUGCCCACCGAUGACGCCAAGUAUCCCAAGGUGUACUGUUUCAAGGUUCGAGGUUCUGCCUUCUUGUGGCACCAGAUUCGGCACAUGGUUGCUGUUCUCUUCCUGGCCGGCCAGCGAUUGGAGACGCCUGAUGUCGUAACAAUGAUGCUUGAUGUGGCAAAGAAUCCGUGCAAGCCCAACUAUGUGAUGGCCGAUGAAGUGCCCUUGGUGCUUUGGGAUUGUAUCUUUCCCAGUGAAAAAGACGCCCCGGUUGAUCCAGCGGCUGAGAAGACCGAUGGCCUCGACUGGGUGUAUCUAGCUGAUGACCCUGCCCUGAGCAAGUCUGGACCUUAUGGUGUUAUGGACGGUAUGUGGGCGCACUGGAGGGAGCGCAAGCUGGAUGAGUUGCUCUCGAACCAGCUCCUGCAAAUGGUUUCAACACAACGCAGCAAGGACCCUUCGGGCCAAGUUUCACGCCCUGAGCCCACUGGCAAGCAGGCGAACAGUGUAGUUGUCUACGAGGGCGGCAACGUUGGGCGCAUGGGCGGUCGUUAUGUGCCGAUGAUGAAGAAAGAUAAGCUGCAGUCCCCCGAAGAACAAAAUGAGCGAUAUGCUAUCAGAAAGGGAUAUGCUAGCUCGGAAGAUAUGAGGACACAGAAGGGAAUGGGCAAGCGAAAGGCAGACGAGGCCAUGGACGAAUAG